GUGUGCAGCGUUAUCCCUUCUCUCCCAUUGGCUGCUGAAACUUGUUGGAGCUUUUCCCUCUCGAAUAAGAGAAAGCUCCAAGAACCUAUCGGCGCUCGCGACCCGUCCCCCUUCUCGAGCCCGCCUGGUCCAGACCUGUCCGGGAUCCCGUUGAAGGAGUCCAGCCUUCACACCGGUUAAAUAAGCUCAUGCUGGAGACAGAGCAGUUGUCUGUAGUGAACACAUGCACAGUGUAAGGACUCCCUGCGCCCUCAGCCUGCUCCAGCAGCGUCUCAGAUCGAUAUUUAAGACCUGUCAGACUAGACCAGCGAGUCUAGUCCUCCCUUGAACUGGACAUCUAGAGACGUGUACGUCUUUUUUGCUUUUCUUUUCGUUUUUCUAUCUUGUUUUUUUUAAUGGUACAAUGUCGUCUUUGCCAGGAACGGUCCCGCGGAUGAUGCGCCCGGCUCCCGGACAGAACUACCCCCGCACCGGAUUCCCCCUGGAAGUGUCCACUCCUCUGGGCCAGGGACGAGUCAACCAGCUCGGAGGAGUCUUCAUUAACGGCCGGCCGCUGCCCAACCACAUCCGACACAAGAUAGUGGAGAUGGCCCACCACGGGAUCCGGCCCUGCGUCAUCUCCAGACAGCUGCGCGUGUCUCACGGCUGCGUCUCCAAGAUCCUCUGCCGCUACCAGGAAACCGGGUCCAUCCGGCCCGGAGCGAUAGGAGGCAGCAAGCCCAGGGUAGCCACGCCGGACGUGGAGAAGCGGAUAGAGGAGUACAAGCGGGACAACCCCGGCAUGUUCAGCUGGGAGAUCCGGGAUAAGCUGCUGAAGGACGGGGUGUGCGACAGAAGCACAGUCCCUUCAGGUGAGGCCUCCUCCGUGAGUUCCAUCAGCCGCGUUCUUCGAGCUCGAUUUGGAAAAAAGGAUGAUGAGGAGGAGUGUGACAAAAAGGAUGAAGACGGAGAAAAGAGAACCAAACACAGCAUCGACGGGAUCCUCGGAGACAAAGGCAGUCGGAUGGAGGAAGUGUCAGACGUGGAGUCGGAGCCUGACCUCCCCCUGAAGAGAAAGCAGCGCAGGAGUCGAACCACGUUCACAGCGGAGCAGCUGGAGGAGCUGGAGAAGGCUUUCGAGAGAACCCACUACCCCGACAUCUACACCAGGGAGGAACUGGCCCAGAGGACAAAACUCACUGAGGCCAGGGUCCAGGUGUGGUUCAGCAAUCGACGGGCAAGGUGGCGAAAACAAGCAGGAGCCAAUCAGCUAGCAGCAUUCAACCACCUGUUGCCGGGUGGAUUUCCUCCUACAGGGAUGCCAACACUUCCUACGUACCAGCUGCCAGAGUCCAGCUACCCAACCAACACUCUGCCCCAAGACGGUGGUGGUACAGUUCACCGUCCCCAGCCGCUACCUCCGUCCACCAUGCACCAGAGCGGUCUGUCAAGCACUGACAGCAGCUCUGCUUACGGUCUAGCCUCCAACCGCCAUGGCUUCUCCAGCUACUCCGACACCUUCAUGAGCUCUGCAACACCUAGCAACCACGUCAACCCUGUCAGCAACGGACUCUCCCCACAGGUGAUGAGCAUCCUGAGUAACCCCAGCGGUGUUUCCUCACAGCCACAACAUGACUUCUCCAUCUCACCGCUCCACAGCGCCUUGGACUCCUCUCCAUCCAACGCCAUCACAGCCAGCUGCAGCCAGCGUUCAGCUGAGGCCUCCAUUAAGACGGUGGACAGCCUUCCGUCAUCCCAGUCCUACUGCCCCCCCACAUACAGCACCACCGGCUACAGCAUGGACCCAGCUGUGGCUGCCGCCGGCUACCAGUACAGUCAGUACGGCCAGACUGCUGUGGAUUACCUGGCGAAGAACGUCAGCCUGUCCAGUCAGCGCAGGAUGAAGCUGGCCGACCACUCGGCUGUACUGGGACUGCUGCAGGUCGAGACUGGCCAGGCCUACUAGUACUCACCUAACAUAUUUAAACAACAUGACACCUGAUCACCAGCACAACCCGCACCUCCUGCUACCAUCCAUACAAAUCUCCCAGAGAAUAUGCGUGUGUGUGUGUGUGUGUGUGUGUGUGCGUGUGUCAUAGUUGACUAUAUGUGGGGCUGAUAUUUAGCUUUUCUAUGCGCUAUUUGAUGUUACUAUUUCUCCCAGCUUUAAACAUUCCUCACGGGACCAAACAAAUCCACAACAAAGAUUAGCACUGUUGGGAAUUUUGUUAAGUGUUUUUUAUUUGUUGAUAUCGCACCAAAUUUUGUACACAGCAUCAGUGUAUUAUACUUUACAGGACAACUAUAAACUAGUGAUAUGAAGAAUUACUAUGUGAACCCUGAGCCAAUCAGUUUAGACUGUAACCUGUGACCUACUAACUAAAAUAUAUUUCACAAAACCUGGGACAGAUGUUUAUUACGAAGCAAUAAUGCCAUGUCCUCACUAUAGCAGACAUCUCUAAAUGCUGUUUACAUGUGAGGAUGACACAAAUGUCUCUGUCCACACUGAAACAGCUAAAGAAUAGAAAAUGGCUCUGCAAACAGCAAAAUUAUGUAUUAGUAAUCCCUCCAUUCAGAUUGAAUGCCAAGCACAGUUAUUUAUGUGAAGAUGAAACAAUUUUUACUUCACAUCUGAAUUCACAUCUGUUUGCAUCCAUUGUAUCAAUGAAUUGACAUUAAAUGCAAAUGUUCACGCCAAAACUCCCUUUGUGUUCAGUCUGAACCCACCUUAAGGAAACACAGCCCGGUUACUCUGCUAAGUCACCUCCUGGUCUGAUCACUUAUGUUGUGUUUCAUUCAUUGAGAUAUUUUUCUGAUUUGAUUACAGCUCGUGAAUGCUACCUCAGAUUCAAGUGUGUUGUACUUCUGACCACACACAUCAUCACAGAUGCGUGGUGAGAACUGAAACCAGUGGAGGUCAGCAAAAACAAGAUUUUCAGCUGCUGUCUUUGCAACCCAGCUAGACAGAUUGGUCCUGGCUGAGUUUUAGUGUUUCACGUUUUUUUCACAUUGAGAAGAAUAAAAUGCUGUAAAAACUCUAAAUACUUUCUUUUUUUUCCUAUAAAAUGGUCAACUUUAUAGAUACUGAAUAUCAACACAAAAUAUUGGCAGCUUAAAAACAAAAACAAAGUGUCAGCCUUCAGGAACCCAUGUGUGCAUGUGUGUGUAUAUGUGAGGGAGAUGAACUGAUAUGGACUGGAUAAUUCAGCCAUUCCUGAAGAGAUGUCUCUGCUCUAACACUGCAGUCCCUCUUAUCAACAACAAGACCUCCUGAAGAGCUUCAGCAAUAGUUGGAAGUCAAACAAGCUCCUGACUGAGCAGCUGACAUUCGGUGUGACGAUCACUCCCCACUCGAUUGGAGCCAGACAUUUCUCCAGGCAUCUUGGUACCAACCAUUACAAUUAUUUUCCUCAUUUUCAUUUCUUUUGAUUCUAGUUAAUUUCAUGUCCGCUCUUUGUAUUUAUGCACUGGAUAGUACUAUGACACGCCAACAUCAACUGUCAUAAUUACCCUUUAGAUAAGAAAUGGGUUUUGAUGAGUCAUAUCUGCAAUUACAAUUGGACCAGUUAACAGUGUUGUUUAGUUAACAAGUGUAUUUCCUACAGUUACUUUCAUAAGUAACUUUUUCAUACUUGCAUUCUUUGGGGAAAUGUGUGGAUUAUGUUUCUCUUCAACAUAUCAAACAGAAUGUUUAUAUUGAGCAGAACUGCAAAAUGUUUCAUGUCAUAAUCUGCCCAUGAAAACUAAAGUAUGGUUGAGGAUGGUUACAGGUAACAUUUUUGCUAUAGUGCCUAUAUAUGGCUGAAAUCCUAAUAUUCCCUCUCAGGUCACCGUUGAUGUGUUGAAACAAAGGUGAAUUGUGAGCAAAACUGGGGGUUUAACAAAAUCAGCAGAUGAAGAUACCAUACAUUUUCAAUUAAUGGACUUAAUUUAGCUCAACUGCAGAGAGAACCAGGCCUUCAUUUGAAACAGGCUUAUAUUAGAGACAGGCCUUUUUUGUAAUGUCCCUAUAAAUAUAUUUGAUCAUAGUUUAGUAAAAGAAGCCUCCCUGUUUUCUGAUCUGCUCCUGUUUUCAUUUGCUGUUGAUACAAACUCAAGACUUCCUCCAUGUAUACUUCUUGCCUUGAUAAACUCAGUAUAAUGUACAUUGUGAUGAAAAAAACCUAGAAGCAACUGUAAACUGGAAAUAAUUAGUGAGUGAAAAGAGUAUUCGUCUUAACAAUGGAAACACUGUGUUUUUAACGGGCUUUCAUUGGAGAAUUUAUGGUAUAUAGAGUUGUGUCAGAUAGUCAAAACUGAUUCAUAAUGUGGAGCCAAAUAAUUUAGCACUAUUAACAUAAAUUCUAGUACAAAUUACAAACUGCAGCAGUUCCAUAAAGGAUUGCAUUGAGGAUGUGUCAUGCAGUCAGAGAUUUGAUCACUCUAGUCAGCUGGACUGACCAAAGGGAAAGCUCCUCCAUGCUCUCCACAGGAAGUACUGCACUGCUCAGGAGAGGAACAACAAUGCUGCAAGGAUGCCACCAUAUGGAGCUUUGUGUUCUGUUCUCCAGUGGAAACCAUUUCAAGGUUAAUGGGCAGGAGGAUAAACGGAGACCAAACAGAGAAUAUUUCCCUCUAUCGCAUCAUUCCACACGUAAAAAGUACUUGAACAAUCAAAAUAUGCUUCUACAUUAUUAAAGUUUUCUUUUUUUCUUUCACCCUUUGUUCUGUAUUUGAUGCCAUUCCAGACAAACUCAGUGUUUAAUCCUCGACUCAUGAAAGUGAGCAGAGUUUGAUAAGUUUAUUUCCAUUCCCACUGGAUGCUGGUGUCCAUGUAUACCUAUGUUGAGGGUGAUCAUCACUGUCUCAUACAGAGGCUUACAAUAUAUCUGCCCCUCCACAAGAGCCAUGGAAACUCUGGAUGCUGGCUGUGUUAAACUUCUACCUUGUGUACAUAUAUUUUUACACUGACAGCAAACUAAGGAGAACAUUAAGGAUCAAAUGUACAGAUAUGUUCAUUCACCCCCACCCCUCCUGUUUACCUCUUGGUCCUUUCUCUGCUUGUUUUGUUCUGCUUUCUGUUUGGCAUGUGUGUAUGUUGCCAUGGUAUAAUUUAUUCUACCUGUAUGAAGUAUUAGACUAGUAAAAAAUUUGUAUUGGCAUUUACUCCCCUCAGCCUCUUGGUGUGUCAACUGUAACACUGGCGUAACUGUCUGUUCAUUAAAGCUCUACAACUGGACCAAGACCA